AAAAAAGCUUCUGGGAUUUUUAAUCUCCAAUCAUCACUGAAUAAUCUGGGCACCCCUACCCUCUGCGCGUUUUCGGGAGCCGCUGGGGAAAUGGGAGAUGGUCCCUAGCUGGGCAGCCCACUCCUAUGGCAGGUCUCUGAUUCAGAGGUUAGGAAUUUGCAUCUGAUUGCUAUUUGUCACCCAAUGAUUUGUCUAUCCAGCCAUGAGCACGCCUUAGGCAGAAGGGGGAGGGGAAGGGGCCAGGGCUUGCAGUCCCUGAAAUGAGAAAUUUACCAAUCAGGCCAGAUAGGGGUGCAUUAAAACAAACACAAUUAAAAGAGAGAUACCGAAAAAAGAAAAAGAAACCAGGAUCGGCCAGGUUCCUCUACAGCAAGGUGGACCCGCUGCCCGGGAACGCUCGCGCUGCCAUGGAGCCCCCCAGCAGAGAGGCUGCGUUGGGUUUGCGCAGACACCUGGAUGAAACAGAAUUGGCCAAGGACUAGUGGGACCCAGCCCUACCCCUGCAGCAGAGCCAGAGGAAGGAAGGAAGUUGCAGUCCAGCCUGGGGAGUGCCCGUCGAGCUAAGGGGCGUGCAAUGUACAGGACUGCGCUGGCUGUCUGCUGAGCCAGAGGGGCAUUGGCCCUGAGGUGUCUUGUUUGCAGAGACUAACAGCCCGGGUGGUUGCCACCAGCUGGCUGCUCCGAGGGUCCCAUCCCCGGUCCCCAGGGAAACGUACUGGUGUCAUCAGGGUGUCGGCCCCUCGAUGCAAAGCAGCCCCUAGUGUACCGCCUUGGUGCCCAUUUCCCCCAGGGCGUUGCACUGCACUCCCUCAGGGGCAUUGCAACCUCCCUCCUCCCAGGGUACCAGUUACCUCCCAGUCCAGGGCUUUAUCCCCUCUUAGGAACUUGCCGGCCAGCUCCCGUGGGGCCACUGCACCCCACAGGGCGUUGUCCUGCAGAUACCCCUCCCCGCCAGGACAUUGCAUCCUCAACUCCAGGGCAUUGCACCCCAGGUGCAUUGCCCACCAACUCCCCCAGGGAGCUGCCCUCGGCCGGCAGAGCCAUGAAGCUGCAGGCGGUGAUGGAGAACCUGCAGCGGCAGCAGCGGGCGCGGCUGCAGCAGGAGCUCGAGGCGCGGCAGCAGGAGCGGCAGCGCUCCCCGCCUCCCCCGCCAGCACUGCCCCCUCCGCUGCCCUCCGGACAGAACAUUGCCCUCCCUGCUGGGGCCUCGCUCUUGGCCCGGGGCCGCAGCCAGGACCCCGUCCCAUCUGAGGAGGGGGUGGAGCUUGAGAGCGCCCGCAUCCAGCGUGCCCAGAUGGCCGCCCUGGCCGCUAUGCGGGCAGCAGCAGCCGGACUCAGCCACUCGCCCAGUCCAGGAAUGUCAGAUGAGAGCCAAGCCUCCGAGGAGGAAGAAGAGGAAGAGCAGGGAGAGGAGGAGGAGGAGGAGGAUGGCGGGUACCAGCAGGAGAUGGGCUCGGAGGAAGAGGACGAGCUGAAGCGCAAAUGGGAUGAAGAUGACUUUGAAGAGGACAUGGGGGAGGAGGAGGAAGAGGAGGAGGAGGAGGAGGAAGAUUAUGAAGAGGAUGAAGAAAUGGGGGAGGAUGAAGGGCUGGGCUCAGCAGAAGCGGUGAGAUCUGGUCCGGGAUCUCUGCUUCUUCGCAAGCCGCAGGCCCCCCAGCAGUACCGAGGCGAGCCCCAGAGGCUGCCGGGGGGGCAGGAGCGGCUGUCGUCUGGAUUGAGCCAUCAGGGGCACUUGCAGCUACAGCAGCAGGCUCCAGACCACGGAGACUGGACUUACGAGGAGCAGUUCAAGCAAUUGUACGAGCUGGAUGGCGAUCCCAAGAGGAAAGAAUUCCUGGAUGACCUCUUCAGCUUUAUGCAGAAGCGAGGGACCCCCGUCAACCGAAUUCCCAUCAUGGCCAAGCAAGUGCUGGACCUUUACAUGCUCUACAUGCUGGUGACCGAGAAGGGGGGCCUGGUGGAAGUGAUCAACAAGAAGCUGUGGCGGGAGAUCACCAAAGGGCUCAACCUGCCCACCUCCAUCACCAGCGCUGCCUUCACGCUACGCACUCAAUACAUGAAGUACCUGUACCCCUACGAGUGCGAGAAGCGGGGGCUCAGCAACCCCAACGAGCUGCAAGCCGCCAUUGACAGCAACCGGCGAGAGGGCCGCCGGCAGGGCUUCGGGGGCUCCCUCUUCACCUACUCCCCCAGUGGCACCCCCAGCCUGCUCUCGUCCCCCAAGCUGCAAGUGCCUGGCUUGGGGCUGGUGGCGGCCACCAAUGGCGGCCCCAUCGGCCCUGGGCAAAAGAUAAAGAAAGAAGAGGACUCGCCCAUCCCCCUCCCCAUGCCCAGCCGACUCCCUGUGUCCCUGGCUGGCCAUCCGGUGGUCACGGCCCAGGCAGUGGCCGUGCAGGCGGCCGCCGCUCAGGCAGCGGUGGCGGCUCAGGCCGUGGCCCUGGAGCAGCUGAGAGAGAAGCUGGAGUCCGGGGAGCCACCAGAGAAGAAGAUGGCUCUGGUGACAGAUGAACAGCAGAGGCUGAUGCAACGGGCCAUCCAGCAGAACCUCCUGGCCAUGACAGCGCAGCUACCCAUGAGCAUCCGCAUUAACAGCCAAGGGACCCGCUCGCCAGAAAACCGUCAGGACCCCGGCAUGAGCCUGGCCAAUAACGGCACGAACAGCAUCAGCAUGUCAGUGGAGAUCAACGGCAUCGUCUAUACAGGUGUGCUGUUCGCACAGACCCCCGGCCCCUCGUCGUCCUCGCUCCCUUCCUCUGCCUACAGCAAGGGAAACAGCAGCAGCCGGAGCAGCAGCAGUGGUGUGGGGGGCAGCAGUGGUGUCUCCCAGGCUGCCCCGGCUGGUUUGUCCGCCCCUCCAACCUCUACCUCUAAUAACUCUUCUUCGCCUUAACUCCCCCCCCCCCAAACGGCAGCACCUCAUCUCACCAAAAGACAAAAAAAAAUCCCAAACCCACCCACACAUGGAGCUUCUAUCACAGCUGACGCCAAAACCCAAGCUUGCAUCUGGCUUCCCCGGGGGUGGGGGGAGGAAGCCCCAUUUCCCCCUCCGCCCAAGAGGACUGGAGAAAGUUUUGCAAGGAGAAAAGCUUUAAUCCAGGGGGGUUCAUUGAAAGCAGCCUGGACUCUGAGCCAGUCAUUAGCCGGUAGCUUUGGAGGUGAUGCAUCAUUCCCCGCCCCAGAACUCUUUACCUCACGGACACCCCACUUUGCACUGUCCGUUUGUUUUCCAAUGUUGUUGUGUGAAGUUGUGUUAUUUUGGAUACCUCCAGGCAGACACACAGUCGCACCCACGCCCACGGCUUGUGUUUUUAAUGAAAGCUCCCCACCUUUCCUUUCCUUUCCUUUUCUUUUUUUUAAACCAAAAACAAAAUUUGCAAAAGCGGGAGGAAUUUUAGUCCUUUAAAUCUUUUUUUAUUAUUAUUUUAAGAACUACACUCAAGCUAUAUGGCAUUUUACGAGGUGGUUAGUUGGAUCUUUUUUUUUUUUUUUUUGUAAAUAGCUUCUAUUUUAUUCUCUAAAAAAAAAAAAAUCAAACCUUAACUCACAAAAAUGAUAUAUAUAUAUAUAUAUUAGCGUUCGUUCAGGGAAACAGGACUUGGAAAACCUGUAACCUCUUUUUCUUGUGGUCGUCUGAUGUUGAUCUUGGUCGAGUUCGAUCCGCGCUGCUUUCUUUCGAACGCUGGUGACACCCAAGGUUCGGGAGAGAGCCAGGGUGACCCCAACGAACGAGCUCAGGUGUUUGUAUGCAGGGUGGAAUGGGGGGAGGGGCGGGGUGGGGGGUGUCUAGCAAGCUCCAUUUGGAGAUUCUUAGGGUUGAAGUGUGUAGUUGGUCUGCAGUUAUUAGGAGACGGUUUUGUAGAGCUGCCUCACUGGGAGACGUCUGCGUUUCUAGGAUCCGUUUCCUUCAGCAAUAGAGGUAAAGGGGUUCGAUGCCACCUCUUCAGGCUCUCCGCUCCACUCCACAACUAGCUGUUGGACCUUGGUCCUCUGGGGGCUUGAUCCGCUCCUGAUCCGUACAACCACUUACGCACCUGCUGGGACUUCAGGCGUAGCCUCAGUGAAGCCGAAGGGAUUACUCAACUGCUCCAAGUUAAGCAGGUGCAUAACAGCAGCGCUUUGGAUCAGGGCCAGAGCGUGCAGACAAGGGCAUAAGGCGGAGCUGUCCGUCCAGCCAGCCUUCUUCGUUCGGGUCCUGCUUCAGCAAAGUGCGUCCCGCUGGCGUUAAGGGGACUGCAGCAAACGCUUUACAGUUUAGGGUUGAGUGCUGUGUGGAUGGGGCUGAGCGCAGCGGGGGGAAGGCAGUGCCUGUGGAUGUGUCGUUGCUUUACACCCGUAGCCUGAGGCAAUGAUACGCUUGCCCUGGCUGGCAGGAAUUCUUCGGGCGUAACCUGAGGGGCAGCAAAGGGUGCGAUUCCGGCUGGUAGGCUUUGGAGACAAAAAAAAGAGAGAUUUUGCAUCGCAAGACUACCCGAAUUCUUCUUCCCAUCCCCAGUCCAGAGCACCCUCCGCCUUCCCAGAUAGUCAGAGCAUAGAGGGAGAGUCCUAAGCCAGAGGCCCCGUGCAAAGGAAUCACUGGGACUUCCAUUAGAGCAGCCUCCUUAGCUUCGUGAUCAUCCAUCUGGCUGCAUCGUGUGCACGCCCCUAUAUGGAUGAGAGCCAACGCUUCCUUUUCCAUUGGCUUGUAGAAGUGGGAAGUGGAUCCGUGGCGGCCCAUGGGUGCUGGUUGGACCUCAGAGAGUUGCAGUGUGUGGUGCCGGGAAUCGGUUUGUUCAGAAUCGGGCUCUGAGAAACAGCUUUUGAGCCAAGACACAGUGCAGGGAGAAAGCACAUCCCAAGUGCCUGCUGAACUCUGGGCAGGAGCCAUGCAGCCGCUUGUCUACGGGGAGGGAGUUUGCCAGCAAAGCAGAGCCACUGAUCUCCCACGCUUUCUCCUGGGCAAGACCUGCCAGACUCCUGACAGGGCAGCGCAAGGGGCUGGAAUCACUGAGCUGGGUUUGUUGGCCACGUGGACCUGUUUCAUUGCCAUUCCAAGGGUGGUGAAGGAUCCCGUGUGCUGUAGAGGGCGAGGGGAGCCGCUGUUGGUAUUGUGGAUGGGAGCUUCCUCCUGAUCUCGAAGCUCAUCCUUGUGGGUGGGUGCACACCUGUGUCCGUAGGUGUCUGUACCACCUGCAUGUACACAGUCAGUGGGAGAGAGGGCAGCACUCUGGCCUUCACAGCUUUCCCAAAAGCUACAGAGGGCAUAUGGGAAAAGCUGAAGCCUGGCUGUAGUUUAUUCAAAUCACGGAGGUGCCUGGACCGAAAGCCUGGAUCCAACGCCCUGAACAAUGUGGGGGUUCAGAUCCAAACUCCACAGCUGGCCUGUCGCUAGGACCUGGUUCUGGAUUCCCCAGCAAUCAAGCCCAGCUGCAGUUGGGUCUUUUCCUCCCUCUCCCUUUGCCUCUUUUAUUCCCUCUGAUCUGGACUUACAUGUGAGGGAAUUAGGUUCCCAACUCCCAUUGACUUGCACCUAAUUCCAUCUGGCUUCUUUGAAAAUCCCAGGCUUAAACUGAAUCUGUGGUACAACCAGUGCUGCACCAUUGAGGGGGGAAGAGAGAGGAUCCUGCUUGCAGCCGCCUGCAGUUACCUGCAACUUGGUGUCAUCACAAGGCUGGCCUGUUAUACUCGGUCUGUUUUGCAUUUUUUACGUGUGUUUCUUUAAUUUCUCGGUGGAGGAAAUUAACGUCGAUGACUCCUCUGUUCCCCCCCACACAUCCCCUCCCAGGGAACCCUGUUCCCAAGGGCUUACAGUACAAGUCUCUCCCUGUAAUUAGGUCCAUGGAGCAUAAUUUAAUGAGUUCUGUGUUGUGUGCUGUGCUCCUGAUGUGAGUGCCGGGGGCGGGGUUAUUCCGGAGGAGAAACUCCAUUUUAGAGACAAUCUAGGGCUUGCUGCAGAAUUCAUCUGUCCAGCAAGGGGCUGAGGAGCCUAAAACAGCCCGAGCUGGGACGUCUCCUGCAAGGUGCUGAGUGCCGUUAACUCCCACCGAAGCAGCUGCGUAUUGAGCAUGCUCUGCACUUCUCAGGAUCGGGCCUUAAGCGUGAGUCCUGCUGUAGCCAUGUGUUUCCUCUGCCCUGUCCUGUGACUGAUCAUAAAGGCACCAGAGCACCCUUACCUGCAUAAUAGUCACUGCCCAUAAAGGGCCUGAUUCUGAUUCUCGGCUGCUGUCAUGUACACCAGCGCAGAGGGUGGGCGUGAAGUGAAAGUGCUUUUGCACCAGUGUGAACAUCUGCGCAAAGGGUGAAGCAAUGGAAUGGAGACCCAAAGCCUCCCAGCUUGGCCUCUCUGCAAACAAUGGGGGUGGGGCGCUCUGGAUUUUUUAAACAUCGUCUUUUCCUGCUGAUUUUUGUGCUUUUCCAUUUGAUAAACCGGCUCCCAACCUCCCCAGCCUGUUUUUCAAGUCACAAGCCGCUCUGACUGCCUCCAGCUCCCUGACCCCGCAUAUUGCCAGCAGCUACCAGUCUGAUGGUUUCCAGCAGAGCAGGGAGCUAGCACAGAGAAGCUGAUCUAAAGGCAAUACUACAAUGUACAAUCCAGAUUGUACACAUGCCCCCCUUCACCCUCCCUGCUUCUUUCGCCAGACUCUAGAUACUUGUCGCACCUCGUCGUCUGCUCAGGGCUGAAACAGCAAACUGGUUCUUCGUAGGUUUCUUUUUUUUCUUUUUGGACAGGUGAAGAAAAUAACCAGAAAAAUCAGGUGUACUAGAUAAAAGUCAGUGAGAUUCCUGCUUCCCAUCUCUCUGCACCUUGCCCUCACUCCAUUUUCUGUCUGGGUUGGCUGUAGCACGCAGGGGGGGACUGCUUCCUGAUGUCUCCUACGGUGUCACUGGUGAAAGGCAGAUGUAAGGACUAGUAUUUUCAGAAAGGCUCUUUUGCAGCACUGAAAUAAGUGGCAGAUUUGCAAAGGAAUCUAGCACUUUGGGUCGUGAGCGUUUUGUGAAAACUAAAGUUGAUUAACUUUAAAAUUAAACAUCUGAGGUGCCCCAAUGGAAGCUGAGUUCUCAUGCUCUUCUAGCCCCAGUGGCGGGUGUUGAGCAUUUGAAAAUGUGGCCCCACACCCCAAGAUUUUUACAUUUCAGGCCUUUGGUUCUCCCUGUGCUGCUCGGAGGACAAGGGUGGGAGCCCUGCCAUGAAGCAUAUUGUUGCAAUGAUAUUUUUAGAAUGUGCACUGGGAUUGUUUUUGGUUGUUUUUUUUUUUUUUUAAUCUCCCAUCAUGAAUGUCAAAGAGACACCAUGGGCUCUCUGCAUUUCUGUCUGAACAAGUUCCCCUGGCAUUGCUGCGGCUAACCUUAUUCUCCCUGAAGGAGAUUAGAGCCGGGACAAAAUCCCCCUGGGUUAUUUUUAGUUUGGGCAUCUUACAGCACUUUGUGUGUGGUCAGUUUCACUAUUUUCCCCCCUCUCCGGGGCCUGAGCCAAAGCCCACUUCAGUGUCCACUGACUUUGGUCAAGCCCCUAGCUACUCGGUUUCCCUUCCUCAGGGUGGAUCUUAAGGUGAUGGUGAAAGCAGGAAAAUUGGCAGAGGGACUGCAGAACAGGUGCAAAACCCUCCUGCUGCCUCCAGUUCAUUGAAAUUGACAAGAUCUCAAGCUGAUUGUUUCCCUUCCUAAACAGUCCCUUAAAGCUCCCCUGGGUGGCUGCCUGAGACCAAUGGUCAUUGAACCCAGCUAUUUGUGCCAGCAGACCCACCUCUCAUCUAGCUGGGAUCUAGCCAGGAACUCCCUCUCAUGGAAGCAGCGGGAUGGUUGUGACACCUAGGUUUUGUCAUAUACGGUGAUUCUUCCUCUCGGGGUGGGGCUGGGAAUGUUGAAGCCGUAACACGUUCCCUAGGCCAGGUCAGUUUGUACCAAUAUCAUUAUGGCGGUUAGGAGUGUGACUUUUUACCGCUAUAGUUCUACUGGUACAGUUCCUAGUGGGCUACAGUAAAGCCAUAUAAAGGUGACUUAUCCCAGUAGAAGUUAUUUCCCUUCUACAGCAAGAGCACCUUUAUACCUGUGUAACUGCAUCCACACUAGCAGGGUUAUGCUGUUUUAACUAUACCCUGUCUACCUGGGGAGGGAGGACCCAUGAAGCUGCUUAAACGUGAUGCAGAAAGAGGCUGGACUUAAUCCUGUUAUAUGUUAAAAGCUGUCUCCCUAGCUUUCUGGUUCAAGUGUUAAUCAACUUUGUCAUACAGAGAGAGAGGGCACCAUCUGAAGUGGAGUGGAGAUUUGUCCUCUUUCCCGGCCUUACACUUGAGAGUGGGUUCCUCUCUUUUCCCUGGGGAAAUAUGACCACGGCUGUGCAUGUAUCAGCUUUGCAGGGUACAUACUGUGAUGCACAGGGUCAUGUUGAGCCCUGGUAUAAGCAGAUGCAGCCUCUGUUGAUUUCGGUGGACUUGGCAUUUGCUUAUGCCAAGGCUGACGUUGGUCUCCAGUGCAUGCUGCAAAAGAAAAGCAGCUGCUCCGGGGUGAUGGGAAAGCAUCUUUGUGAGUUGUGAGCCCUGUUCCGCUAAGUGGAGUGCUGACACGGCUGAGCCAGCCAGAGGGGAAUGCUGGUGGUUCCCCGUUCCCAACUAAACAGGCUUGGAUCUGCUCCAUUACACCCCUGCUUGCCCAGCCAGGGAGCCUCAUUGCUCAGCUGUUGACCAGUUUUGCAGUUUUGAUUUUGAGAAUACUGGGCAUAGAUGCUGCAUCGUCACUGCCUGUUGGUCGCACACAUGCCAGUAACCCCACAGUAAACAUCAGGGCCUGGCUUGGCUACUCCUGUAUUUCCCUGGCCACUGAAAUCCUGGGAGGAGGUUGUACCUUUCUGGGAGGUGCCCGGGCUUCUCAGGUGACUGAAGGCAUCUUGGCCUCCCAGAGAAUCUGGCUAGAAAUGCACUCCCUGUUUAGACUUUUUGCUCAACUGCCCCUUUGACCUUAGAGGCCAGGGGACGGGUAUCCCCAUCAAGCCGCUCCCUUCUGUUCUGUCCAGCCUGGCCGUUGCAUCUUUCUUUUUAACCAGGCAGCUGUUUUGUAUUUUAAAAAACUCUCACCGAUAUCUACGUUAAUGAUGCUGCGGUAGCUCCUUCUGGAGCACCCGGGAUCAAACCCAUUGAAGCCAACUCUCCCAUUGACUCGGAGCGAGCCAGAUUGAUGUGCCUUUGCCCAGCCUGCUGCUAAGUUGCUUGUAGAUGCACUCAGUGACAAUUAGCAUCUCACUCCCUGGCCCUGUCUCCCCCCAUGGCACUGCUGCCAGAUCCUCCUUAGGCAGCACAGCAAGGAGUUAGACCUCAGGUGACUUCUAUACCAAGAGCCAGGUGGGCAUGAUCUCCUCUUUUAAUGCCCUGUGGGACAGCUCCUGCAGAGAAUCCAAGCUAGCGUCCAUCUCUCUGUGCUGCUGCUCAAGCAGGGAGAAUAUGGAAGCAAGGGGAUUUGGUGAGCGAGAACCAGCUGUAGCCGCAGGCCGCUGGCGAUACAAGCUCCUGCCCUGGAGACAGUGGGGUGUUUUUAGAGAGGGGGGGCUUGCUUGACUUCCUCAGCCAGCCGCCAGAAUCCUGAGCAUGCACCAGGGACACUGCCCAGUUUUGUGACACAGCAGGGGAGGGCGAAAGUGCAGGGUGCCUGUAAAGCAGAGAGGACCCUCAACUCCCAGGGAGGCUGGAGCCUCUGACACACCUUGUGGGAUGGAGAGCAUCAAGCUUAAAGGGCCUGCUCCAAAAUCCAUUGAAGUCAAUGGCACAGCCCCCACUGACUUCAGCGGGCUUUGGAUGGAGUCUGGUGUCACUUGUGAAUGAAUAUAUAAUAUAUAUACACACACACACACACACACACACACACACACAUACACACUUUAACAGACUGUUUCUGAGUACUCCCCACCUCCCCCCUUGUCCUGUGCAGACACACACAAAGUUACGGUCCUUUGCCUCAUUGCCAUUUUCCUUCCCUGCCUGCUAGCCCCAAACACUUUCUGUUUCCUUUUGCUGUGUCCUUGCUUUGGAAGCCGCCCUGGGCUGCUGCCCCCCGAGCUCCGUUUUCAUGGAGCCUGGGCAGCUUUGAAAGGUGGACUGCAAAGCUAAAGUGAAAAGCAGAGCUUAGCCCAGAGAUAGGAGCUGACUGCUCCCCGCUAGCUGGCACAGUAACACGGGGCUUCAUCCCUCCUGCGAAAACCUUCCAGCGCUUCCUGGCUCUCGCCUCGGUCUUCCCCAAGUCACCAGAGCCCUUUGAUGGGCUUGGCUGAAUCAGGGGCUGUGUAUGUUUGCUGGCAUCUGAAGCCUCGAGGAAACCAAGGGCCACCCCGGCAGCCUGACACACACGGGACCGAUUUCUAGACUCUGUUCAGUUCCUGUUUUAGCUGGGCAGUUCACUCUUUACGCUCCUGCCGCGGAAUUGACCCUGCAUGCUGGUACCAGAACCCUGCUCGCAGCCUUCGUUCAGUAUGCAACUCAGGCGAGAUCAAAGAUCCCGAAACCCUCUCUCAGUAGCUAGAUAAAGCAAAGGGUUUUCCCCUCUAUCACCUCCUCAGUGCCAAAAGCUGUAGCUAGAGAAGUCUCAUGGGCACAGACCGUACAUCUGACUUUGUCGCCGAGCGAUCUGUGGCUGUUCUCAGCCUGUGUUGGGUGUAGGACCAGUGAGGUGGCGUCUCUGUUCUCUAGACGCCCUAGCCAGUCAGACCCUUGAUACUUGGCUCUGAGCCUGGCCUGGAAACGUAUCGUCUCUCAGAACGAAUGCUUUGCUCGACUUGUAUAAGGAGCCUUAGGAAGCGGGGUGGGUUGGGGGUGGGAGAAAUUCUAUAUCAAAUUCUAUAUCUCGUGUGUGUUUUGAGUGUGCGUAUAAAGCAAAACCAACCAACCUUCGGGGUAAAACGUGUUUUUUACACAAUCUGGGCUCUCAGAGCAAGAGCAGGAUUGUAACUCAGGGGAAAAAGACCUGCUGUCUGGAUCUGAUUGUACUGGGUAUGGGAGGGAGGGAGAAGGAGCAGGGCAGGAUUUGCUUGCUGUGUCAUUUAUUUUAAGUUCCAGUUGUUUUGAGGUUUUUUUUGGGGGGGGGGGGAGGUGUGAUUUCUUAGCCCUGAUUUUUCAUCCAGGAGAAACUUGCCUUAAAGUUGCCCGGCACGGCGGGUGGGUGACCUGGGUUUCUCCCCAGUGCUGGCUCUGUAGGAGAGGCAGCUUUGCUAGCGUAGCUUCCAGCUUGUGUCUGCCCUGCUCUCGCUGCGGGAGCCCGUGUGGCUGCUUGAACCGUGCUGCAAGGAAACCUGGACCUGAGCACGACUGAGAUACUUGACUUCAGAAGGGGCUGCGUGCAUCUUUGUGGGCCUGCUGCCUCGGGGCUGCGUGGGUGUGUGCCCGAGGGAGAUCCCGAGGGGGACCCUCAAGUUCCACACCAGGGACAGCUAGUGUGCGGAAAGGGCUCACCUCCCACACUACCUCGCCGGUGGGAAUGCAACUCUCUGGGCUGCUACGGCUUCUACCAGCAGCUAACCCAGCAGCCCCUGAGCAGGCCACACAUCCGAGGAUGCAGGGGCUGGAGGUGCAGACAAGCCACAGGGCACCUCCUCAUGCCAAACACUGGACAGCCCAAGAGCCAUUCCCCACCCCCAUCCCCUUAACUCUGGCCCUCAAAUCCCCAUUAGCCCAGAGUUCUGCUGAGCCCACCUGCUCAGUUCUGAAGGUCUGGCUAGGAGGAUGCCAUGGAGCGCUAGCCGCUAGGACUAGAACGUGCUGUUUUAGGGCCUGCCUGACUACCUUCAAAGAGACAUCCUGCAGGAUGGCCCCCCCAGAGAACUCUUUGUCACUGGCUUUUGUGCUGGGGAGGGGGGGUAUUUAGAUUUUUAGUAGGUUUUGCAUUUGUACAGUCCCUGUUUUAUUCCUCUCCUCACCCCCCCCCCCCCCACCAAUUUUUUGGUUGGGUUUUUUGAUUUUUUUUGGGGGGGGAAGCAUAUUACAUUCAGCUUUUUUUCCUUUUUGCAUAUCGAUUAAAAAAAAUCAGUUUCUCUGGGGUUUGAAAGGCAAAAGGAAUGAACACAGCUGCAGAUGCAAUUAUACAGCAUGCAUAUCUUAACUCAGGUAAAAAAAAAAAAAAACACAAAAAAAAAAGAAUAAAAACCACAUUCUACCUCUGAUAACGGCGGGCCUCAGGCUGCCUGUCCUGGGAAUCCCGCGGUGAAAUAUUUCAGUUUUGCAGACAUUCAGGUAUUAAAACUUUGUGAUUAUUAAAUAAAAUAAAAUAAAAUAAAAACACUGAAAGUUUACAUUUUAUAAUAACAUUAUUAUACAGAUUGUAUUUAAACUUCAGAAUAUUUAAGACAAUUGUAACCCUGUAAAGUUGAUGAAAUAUUAAAAACAAAAACAAAAAUCUGA